AUGACUCCCACCUUCGCAGCCCUGAUCUGCCUUGAGAGCCUCUCCAAGCCCACGCUCAGGGCUGAACCAAGUUCUGUGGUCUCCAAAGGGACCCAGGUGACCAUCUCAUGUAAGGGGACUUCAGGGGCGAUGGAGUACCAUCUCCUUAAAGAGGGAGAACCAGAUCCCUCGAGUAUACACAUCCUGCUGGAGCCUGGGAAGAUGACCGAAUUUUCCAUUCCAUCCAUUGAGUGGUAUCACGCAGGGCGAUAUCUUUGUGACUAUCAAACCCUUGCUGGCUUGUCAGAGUGCAGUGAUCCCCUGGAACUGGUGGUCACAGGAUACCACUACAGCAAACCUGGCCUCUCAGCUCAGUAUAGCCCUGCAGUAGCCUCAGGAGGGAACAUCGUCCUCCAGUGUGUUUCAGAGCAACGAUAUGACAGAUUCGUGCUGAGGAAGGAAGGACCACAGGAGCUCUCCUGGACCCUGAUCCCACAGUAUAUAUACUCCACAAAGCGGUACAAGGCCCUGUUCUCUGUGGGCCCUGUGACCCCCAGUCAAAAGUGGAGGCUCAGAUGCUACAGCUAUAACCUGAGGAGCCCACAGCUGUGGUCAGAACCCAGUGACCCCCUGGAGCUCCAGGUCUCAGAGACUCACCACAAACCCACCAUCAGGGCUGAGCCAAGCUCUGUGAUCGCCUCAGGCAGUCACGUGACCAUCUGGUGUCAGGGGAUUCUCAAUGCCCAAGAAUAUAUUCUGCAGAAAGAGGGAAGCUCAGCACCCUGGGACACACAGAUCCCAAUGGAGCCCGGGGACAAGGCCAAGUUCUCCAUCUCAUCCAUGACAGAGCAACAUGCAGGGCGAUAUUGCUGUUACUAUUACAGCCCUGCUGGCUGGACUCAGUGCAGUGACGCCCUGGAGCUGGUGAUGACAGGGUCCCACAGUAAACCUCAGCUGUCAGCCCUGCCCAGCCCUGUGGUGACCUCAGGAGAGAACAUGACCCUCCAGUGUGUCUCACGACAUGGAUAUGGUGGGUUCACUCUGACCAGGGAAGGAGGACAGAAGACCUCCACUUCCCAGGACUCAUAGUACUUAGCCUCCACUGGUCAGUUCCAGGCUCUGUUCAUCGUGGGUCCUGUGACCCCCAGCAGCAGGGGACCCUUCCAGUGUUACGGCUAUUACAAGAGAAGCCCACAGGUGUGGUCACAACUCAGUGACCCCCUGGAAAUACAUGUCUCAGGAGGUACUGAGACCAUCAGCCCAUCAGAAAACAUGUCAGACCCCAAGAUAGCCUCACAGCCCCAGGAUCACACAGUGGAGAAUCUCAUCAGGAUGGGUGUGGCUGGCUUGGUCCUUGUGGUCCUUGGGAUUCUGCUGUUUGAGGCUCAGCACAGACAGAGAAGGAUUGAAGAUGCACUCCAGAGAUGA